AAGAAGAAAUUCGUGAAGCCUUUAAUUUAUUCGAUCCAGAUGGAACUGGUGUCAUGGAUGUAAAAGAAUUGAAAGUAGCAAUUUAUACUCUUGGUUUCGAGCCUAAAGAUGAAGAAGAACGUCUUAUAAACGAAGUUAACCAUUGCGAAAAUAGAACUAUCGAUUUUGAAUCAUUUUUAGCGAUUGUGAAAACAAAAAUG